AUGAAAAAAAAGCCAUCAAAAAGUUUUAGGGAAUAUGCCAUAAGAUGGAGGGAGCAGGCGGCUAGAGUCAAACCGCCGAUGAAAGACUAUGAGUUAAUUGAUGUUUUUCUCCAGGUUCAAGAACCUGACUACUUUCAUUAUCUUCUCGCCGCAAUGGGCAAGCCUUUCGCCGAAGCAAUUAAGAUUGAAGAAAUGGUAGAGAAUGGCAUAAAGUCAGGUAAGAUUGUGAGUCAAGCAGCCAUUAGAGCUACCACACAAGCAAUACAAAGUGGAUUCGGUAAUUUUACCAAUCGAAAAAAGAAGGAGGAAGGGUCCAUGGCGGCAUCUGGAUCAAGAGGUGUUCAAAUAGGCAUGAACAAUCCUUAUUGUCAAGUCCAACAAGAACAAUAUAAUUCUCCUCGGCAUUAUUACCCGUCCCAAUAUGCAGUUCUCAAUACUCAGGCAUAUGUCCGGCCUCCUUCGCGCCAACAAUGGCGGGGGCCUGCCCCACAAGUUUCUCGCCCACAACAACAAAAUUUCCAGGCGCCAUAUAAUCCACGUCCCCGGGCAAACUAUACGAGAGAACAAGGUCAAAAAGAAAAUUUUACCCCAAUUGGGGAAUCGUAUACGAGUUUGUUACGGAAAUUGAUACAAUUGAGACUGGUUGAACUUGUCAAUCCGUACGUUGUCAAUCUAAAUGCAAGAGGUUUUGAUCCGACUGUUAUAUGCGAGUAUCACACCAACGCUCCAGGUCAUAGCACAGAGAAUUGUUGGACCCUAAAAAGAGUCAUUGAGAAGUUAAUUGAGGAUAAGGUAAUCGAGGUACGCAAUGAGGAAGCACCGAAUGUCACUAAUAACCCACUCCCUGCUCAUAAUAAUGAGCGUGUUGUGGGGAUGGUUGGCAUUUUUGAAGAUUAUGAGCAAACAAGUAGAACAAAAGUGGAAAGCAAGGUUUUAAGAGAAGAGUCUAGUAUGAUUUUAGAACCCAUACAAAGGGCACUGAUAAUUGUUAAAGGUGCACGUUCGAAUUCUGGGAACUCGAGGAAGCUAGUGUUGUAUGUCCCUGAAUCUAUAAAAAGAGGAGACGUACCGUUGAAGGGACCAAAAUGCUACAUUCCUGGUAAAUUUUCAAUGUUUGAUCAAAAUCAAAAAGGUAUGAAAGAGCUACUUGUGAUACAAAUUGCAGCGCAAUUUCCUAUCACAAACACCAAGGCCGUUCCGUGGAACUACAACAAAGUCGUCGUUACUCACAAGGGAAAGGAGAUAGUCGAAGAAACAAAUGAAACAAGAAGCUUAAAUCGUUCCGGAAGAUGUAAUGCUCCAGAAGAAUUAAGGAGGGACAAACAAAUCAAAGAAAAUCAGUUGCCGACGAAAAAACCAGUCACUGAGGAAGAUGCUGAAGAGUUUCUGAAAAAGAUGAAAGCUCAAGAUUAUUCUGUUAUAGAUCAGUUGAGGAAAACGCCUGCUCAAAUCUCUUUAUUGUCAUUACUCAUACAUUCUAAAGAACAUCGUGAAGUGUUGACCAGAAUUUUGAAUGAGGCACAUAUAUCAGAAAAUAUUACAGUAGGUCACUUGGAAAACAUGGUCAAUCGAAUUUUUCAGGUAAAUAGAAUCACUUUCAUGGAUAAUGAAUUGCCCUUGGAAGGAUCUGGACAUAAUAGGGCUCUACAUUUAACCGUGAAAUGUGAAGAACACUAUGUGAAGAGAGUCAUGGUCGAUGGAGGAUCAGGUGUAGACAUAUGCCCUCUUUCCACUCUACAGAGCUUAAAAAUCAACACUGAUAGAAUUCGUACUAACAAUGUUUGUGUACGGGCAUUUGAUGGUGCAAAACGGGAUACUCUAGGCGAAAUAUACUUAAUUGUUACAAUUGGACCAGCGGAGUUUGGAAUCACUUUCCAAGUUAUAGACAUGGACACGUCUUACAAUCUGCUUUUGGGUAGGCCAUGGAUCCACAUGGCAAAAGUUGUGCCAUCUACUCUACACCAAGUGGUCAAGUUUAAACAUGACAAACAAGAAAUCAUUGUCCAUGGUGAAGAUGAUCUCCCAAUCACCUGA